CCUCAAGGAGGGCUCGGGGAGGACAGUGCCACCGUCCCAAGUGGCAGAGAGCAACUGGCACCGGUCUUAUGGCAAAAUGUGGGGGACGCCGGGCGCUGCGGUGCGGAGCAUCCGUCCCUACCGCUCCAGCGAGCAGUACCUCUACGCCAUGAAGGAGGACUUGGCCGAGUGGCUGAAGGAGCUGUACGACCUGGACAUCGGGGUGGGCACCUUCGUGGAGGUGCUGGAGACGGGGGCCGUGCUCUGUUCCCACGCCAACAACGUCACCCACGUGGCCGGGGAGUUUGCCCGCACCUGCCCCGGGGUGGCCCGCCACCUCCGCCUGCCCACCGCCGGCGUUGCCUGCAACCUCACGGCACAGCCCGGCACCUUCCAGGCCAGGGACAACGUCUCCAACUUCAUCCAGUGGUGCAGGAAGGAGAUGGAUAUUAAAGACGUCCUGAUGUUCGAGACGGAGGACCUGGUGCUGAGGAAGAACGAGAAGAACUUCGUGCUGUGCCUGCUGGAGCUGGCGCGCCGUGCCGCCCGCUUCGGCAUGCGCGCCCCGACCCUCGUGCAGAUGGAGGAGGAGAUCGAGGAGGAGCUCCGCCAGGAGCUGGACCUGCCGCCUGCAGACACCCCCCUGCCCCGGCCCCCCAGGAAACCACGGGACCUCCACAACCUCGACCAGAUGGUCCAGCACCUGGUCAGCCGCUGUACCUGCCCCGUCCAGUUCCCCAUGAUCAAGAUAUCCGAAGGGAAAUACCGUGUGGGUGACUCCGACACCCUCAUCUUUGUCCGGAUCCUGCGGGAGCACGUCAUGGUGCGGGUCGGGGGCGGCUGGGACACGCUGGAGCACUACCUGGACAAGCACGACCCGUGUCGCUGCACCUCGCUCUCUCAUAAACAAGCCUUGAAAACCAGGAGCCCCCAGCAGCAAGUGCAGCACGAGGUCCGGCUGUGCCCGGCCUUGAAGGCAGCCCCCCGUGGCCAGCCCCAGCCCACGCUGCUGGUCAGCCGCUCGCAGAGCCCCCUGCCCCCCGUCGCCUGGGGGUCCCGCAUCCCCCAAGGUCCCCGGUCCCCUGCCAGCCCAUUGCCAGAGGGCUCGGGUCGCCCACCGGGUGCCAGCCCUCGCCAGGAGCCAGCGCAGCCCCAGAGGGUCCCUUCGGGCAGGACACAGGAGCCAGCGGCCACCCCUUUAGGGAUGCAGCCACCACCGUCCAGGUCGCCUGCUCGACCCAGCUCCCCUGGCUGCGCCGGUGGGGCGACACGCCGGGCACCCACCCCUUCCCGGCUGAACCCCAGCACAUGGGACAGCGUGGGGGUCCCCAAGGUGCUGUGUGGGAGCAUCCCGGGGAAAACCCCCAUGGCACCGUCACGGGGCAGGCCCGCGGCACCCGGCACCCGACUGGCACCUGCACCUCCAAAAAGCAGCCGGCAAGGAGGCAAAUUGUCUGCGGCAGCUGCCAGGGCGCAGGAAAGGGGGGUCCCCACCACAGUGGCAUCCCGUGCCCCCAGCCCCAACAAGGUCUGUGCACCCUCCCCACACCAGGAUGCCCGGGGAGGCUCCCAGAGCCGGAAAAGCCUGCGGGAAGGGAGCCGGGGAGCCCUCGGCCGGGGCCAACCGCUGUCACCCCGAAAUUCCUCCAGCCAGCCUGUAAAACAGGACGGCAGCAUUAAACCUUCUGUCAAAGCCAUCCCGGCCGUCUGCCGGCCCCCCACCCCUUCAGCCCAUUUUGCAAAUGGGUGCAAGGGCUGUGCUGCUGGGGGGGGUCCCCAGGGGACCCAGCAGUGCCACCCGGCCACCAGCCCACAGGCUGGGGGUGAUGAAGGUCCCAGGGUGACAGCAGAUGAGCUGGGGGGAUCUUGCGGCCGUGGCGGGGGGGGAGAGGGUCCCCGGGGGUGCUGGGGGCACACGCAGCCCCCCGGCUAUGGCAGGGUGGUGGAAGAGCUCUCCCGCGGGCGGCAGCCGCUGCGCCCCGUGGGGUUGGGGAACUGGGUCCCCAGAACACCCCCACAAGCCGUCCCACAGCCCACCGCCCUCCCCACUGGGGGGGAGGCGGAGGAGCUAGGGGUGGGGGGCCAGGGACCCAGGGCCAGCAACGUCCCCAAGCCCCGGCGGUGCCUGAAGAAACCCGAACGCGUGCCCUCCAUCUACAAGCUGAAGCUGCGGCCCAAGGUGCGUCCCCGGCGGGACCACCGGCCGGGCAAGCGCCCCUCGCGCAUCCCCACCCCACUGGGGCAGCGCCCGCUCCCUCCCCGGGGCCAGCAUCGCCCCCCGGCACCCUCCCGGCACCCCCAGCCCGGUGGCACGCACCCCGGCACCAAGCCCUCGCCCGCCGACAGCGGCGCCUGGCUGACCGAGGAUGACGAGGAGUCGUGGGUCUGAUCCCUCCCUUCCGGCCAGGUUUUGGAGGGGACGGACCCCCUCGCUCAUCCGAAGGGGGAGCGAUGCUGAAGAUGGAGCUUUGGUGCCGAAUUUCCUCCCGGGGGGCUCUGGGAGUCCUCAAUUGCUCUUCGGAGCUGCACCCCCUCCUUCCCAGGGAGGUUUUUUAUUUUUUGGACUGGUAAUUCUUCUCCUAAACAGCUGCUCUUGUACUGGUUUGGGUGGAAAAAUCAAGAGAAUGGGGCACCUUCUGCAGGGAGGAGGGGUGUAACCGGCCCCUACAGUGUCCCCCUAAAGCGGGGACACCCCGCACCUGGCAUCCAAGCGUGCAAACCAUCUGGUACCUCAGCCUUCCCCUUCUGUAAAAUGGGACUAACACAGCUCGUGUCUUACAGCACCAAGAGCUUUAACGAGCAUUCGAGUCACUCAGGUCGGGGGGGGCUGUCACAGGAGGUGACCCU